UUGAUAAAAACAGAUUGAAAUGUUGUUAGAGUUCCUGCUCUUAAGUGUCGUUACGCUAUAUCUGUUUUAUCGUUGGUCGGUUAGCAAAUAUGAUUUCUUCGAAAAGCGUGGUAUACCGUACCAUAAACCGUUUCCACUGUUCGGUAGUAUGAAGGAUAUGGUCUUUCGAAAAAAAUCGAUGUUUGAUUUGAUCGUGCAUCUGUAUAACGAGCAUAACGGCAAAGUUUAUGGAAUUUUCGAUCAGCGAACACCGAUUUGUAUGUUACGUGAUCCUGAACUUAUAAAACAGGUAACUGUGAAAGAAUUUGAUCAUUUCGUCAAUCACCGAUCAAUUUUCAACAAUGAUGAGGGAAAUCUGAUUAGUAGUUCUCUAUUUUCCUUACGAGAUGCUAAGUGGAAGGACAUGCGUAGUACGUUAAGUCCAGUAUUCACUGGCAGUAAAAUGCGCCAAAUGUAUCAAUUAAUCAAUCAAGUAGCCCAAGAUACAGCAAAAUAUCUUAAGCAAGAAACUACUACAUGUUCCAGUGAGGGGGGAAUCGAAAUUGAAUUUAAAGAUUAUUGCACUUGUUUUACUAGUGAUGUUAUAGCUUCCGCGGCAUUUGGCUUACAAGUGAACUCGCUAAGUGAUCGAAAUAACGAAUUUUUCGUAAUGAGCAAGAAAGUAACCCAUUUCACUGCUUGGCAAUAUCUUAAAUUCUUUUUGUUUGACAAUUUCAAGACUAUAAUGAAGUUUCUAAAAAUUGAAUUAUUUGAUAAAAAGUUUAGUGAUUACUUUAUGAAUCUAGUCCUUGGUACAAUGAAAUAUCGUGUAGAGCAUAGUAUAUCAAGACCUGACAUGAUUAAUAUGCUUAUGGAGGCACGUGGUCUCAUUAAAUCUGAACAUCCAAAAGUGAAUCGUGAGUGGACCGAUGUUGAUAUGGUAGCUCAGUGUUUCUUUUUCUUUCUUGCCGGUUUCGAAACUUCAGCAGUUUUAGUGUGUUUUGCAUUGCAUGAACUUAUGGAAAAUCCAGAAGUUCAAGCAAAACUUUAUGAAGAAAUUUCAAAGCUUGAUAAAAAAAUUGAUGGCAAGGCACCAACAUAUGAAGAAUUGCAGGGUAUGAAAUAUUUAGAUAUGGUAGUGUUAGAAGUAUUGAGAAAAUGGCCAGCAGCCGGCGCUAUUGAUCGUGAAUGCAAUAAAGAUUUUAUUUAUGAAGCUGAUAAUGAAAAAAUUGAAAUUAAAAAAGGUGACAAUAUAUGGAUACCAGUUGCUGGUAUUCAUCGUGAUCCAAAAUAUUUCGAGAAUCCCGAACAAUUUGAUCCAGAACGAUUCAAUGAGGAAAAUAAGAAUAAGAUUAAGCCAUUCACAUAUUUGCCAUUCGGAACAGGGCCACGAAUUUGUAUUGCUUCUCGUUUCGCACAAUUGGAAGCAAAGACUUUGAUUUAUUAUUUAGUACGCGAUUUUUUCAUAAAGCAAUCCAAGAAAUCAACUAUUCCCAUGGAACUGUCCAUGGCAACAAUUCAACUUAUACCGAAAUCUGGUUUUUGGCUCAAAUUCGUACCAAGAGCUCAAUAAAAAUAUAGUACAAGUCUUAAGUCUUAAAUGUCUUAAUCUUUGAUUAGAUAUUCUAAAUUGUUUACGUUUUAAUGAAUAAUUAGAUAUUUUUGAUAUGCU